AUGGCGGAGAACAAAUCGUACAUAAUGCAGGUGGAAGCGGGGAAGCCUGCUUCCGAUGGUAAGCCCUCGAUCGGACCUGUUUACCGUAGCGUUUUCGCUAAGGAUGGAUUUCCUCCUCCGAUUGAAGGUCUUGACAGUUGUUGGGAUAUUUUCCGCCUCUCAGUGGAGAAAUAUCCUAACAACCGGAUGCUUGGUCGCCGAGAGAUUGUGGAUGGAAAGGCGGGUAAGUAUGUCUGGCAGACAUAUAAAGAAGUUUACGACUUGGUAAUAAAAGUGGGGAAUUCCAUUCGCAGUCUUGGGAUUGAUGAAGGAGGACGUUGUGGUAUUUAUGGAGCCAACAGUGCAGAAUGGGUCAUAAGCAUGGAGGCAUGCAAUGCUCAUGGGCUCCACUGUGUUCCUUUGUAUGAUACCUUAGGUGCCGGUGCGGUGGAGUUCAUUAUUUGCCAUGCUGAAGUUACCAUAGCCUUUGUUGAAGAGAAGAAGAUUCCUGAGUUGCUAAAAAGUUUUCCUGGUGCCGCAAAAUACUUGAAAACACUUGUGAGCUUUGGGAAAUUCACCCCUGAACAGAAAGAAGAAAUAGAGAAAUUUGGUUUAGCUGCCUAUGCAUGGGAAGAAUUUUUUUUAUUGGGUGAAAAUAAGCACUUUGACCUUCCCGUGAAAAAGAAAAGUGACAUUUGUACUAUAAUGUAUACUAGUGGAACCACCGGUGACCCUAAGGGUGUCAUGAUUUCUAACAAUAGCAUUGUGACUCUUAUAGCUGGCGUACAACGUCUACUCGGGAGCGUGAAUGAAUCAUUGACAACAAGUGAUGUUUACCUCUCUUAUCUCCCAUUGGCACAUAUAUUUGACCGCGUGAUUGAAGAAUGUUUUAUCAACCAUGGAGCCUCAAUAGGAUUUUGGCGUGGGGAUGUCAAAUUAUUGGUGGAAGACAUUUCAGAGUUAAAACCAAGCAUAUUUUGUGCAGUUCCUCGGGUUUUAGAUAGAAUUUAUUCAGGAUUGCAACAGAAGAUAGCAGCUGGAGGUUUCAUAAAACAGACCCUAUUUAACUUUGCAUAUGGCUACAAGUUGCGCAACCUGAGGAAGGGGCUUAAGCAUCAUGAGGCAGCUCCAGUUUUCGACAAAAUUGUUUUCAAUAAGAUUAAGCAAGGUUUAGGGGGUAAUGUACGGCUUAUUUUAUCUGGAGCCGCUCCCCUUGCGACACAUGUUGAAGAAUUUCUACGAGUCGUAUCUUGCUCUCAUGUGCUUCAAGGAUAUGGCCUGACUGAAACUUGUGCCGGUACAUUUGUUUCUUUACCACAUGAAAUGAGUAUGCUGGGUACAGUGGGUCCGCCCGUGCCAAAUGUGGAUGUUCGUCUUGAAUCUGUUCCUGAAAUGAAUUACGAUGCCCUCUCUUCAAGCAAUCCACGCGGGGAAGUAUGUGUUAAGGGGGAUACUUUAUUCUCAGGCUACUACAAACGUGAUGAUCUCACGAAAGAAGUUUUUGAAGAUGGGUGGUUCCAUACAGGAGAUGUUGGCGAGUGGCAACCAAAUGGAAGCUUGAAAAUUAUAGACCGGAAAAAGAAUAUCUUCAAGCUCUCUCAAGGAGAGUAUGUGGCUGUGGAGAAUUUGGAGAACAUUUACGGUCUUGUUUCUGUUAUUGACUCGAUCUGGGUGUACGGAAACAGUUUUGAGUCCUUCCUGGUUGCUGUUGUUAACCCUAAAAAGCAAGCAAUUGAAGCAUGGGCUGAAGAAAAUGGAAUAAGUGGGGAUUUCAAUUCUCUAUGUGAGAAUCCCAAAGUGAAGGAAUAUAUUCUUGGGGAGCUCACUAAGAUUGGCAAAGAGAAAAAGUUGAAAGGCUUUGAAUUUAUAAAAGCUCUGCACCUUGACCCUGAACCUUUUGACAUGGAACGCGACCUCCUUACACCAACAUUCAAGAAAAAGAGACCCCAAUUGCUGAAAUAUUACCAAAAUGUCAUUGAUAACUUGUACAAGAGUGCCAAAUGA